CAGCAUCACUGUUAUGGAGAGCUGGCAGGUAUAAAAGGACCCACUCAUGGGUGGGAUCGCCAUAAAGAAGCAAACACCUUUCAGAAACAUCUACACACCAUAAUGGAGAAGACAGGGACGCUGGUUCUGUGUGUGUGUUUGAGCUUCAUGUCUCUGGGCUGCACUGAGGCUCAAAAUAGUACAAAUGCAGCAGUGACCAGCAACAACACCAAUUCAGCAGGUACCACCCAAGCCACACCAAUGACAACACAACUGCCCAACCACAGCUCAACUCCUGUAACCUCCAACAGCAACAAUACUGCCACCACCAGAGCCCCUCACACCUCCUCCACCUCUGCUACAUCCUCCACCUCUGCUACAUCCUCCACAUCCCCCAUCACUUCAUCACAGCGUCCAACAAUGUCAUCCAAGACUGCAUCAGCCACCUCUCAGCAUCCUCCAACUGGGGCUAAAACUCCAUCAACUUCAACUUUGACGACAAAAGGAGGGUCUGCCUCUUUGGUUGCGUCCUGUAGUCACAUAUUGGUGACUGUGAUUUCUGUGCUGAUUUACUGCAGAGAAGGCUGAGAGGGAAGAAUCUGAAAUUCACAGUAUCAAGAGAAAGGCAUUUAUUAAUCUGCUCUUACUUUGACCCUCACACUGGGUUAUAUGCACGCACAGAGCUCUUUUAAACUUCUAAUGAAAAAUGAAACAGCGUUAAUAAACGAUGCUCUAUCACAUGCUUCACAUGUAAAAACAAAAAGCGAAAAAUGAGAACAUGAUAGAGUGUUUCUGUGUGUAUUAAUUAUGGCUAGCUUCUUAUUUUGACUGUAAAUAGAUUUUUUAAAACAACAUUUGACGUCUGGAAGCUGGGAGAGAAGUGACGAUCUAAUGAAUACUGUGAUUGUGCAAGAAAUGGAGUUAAAGCUGCCACCACAUUUGCAUUUUGGUUUUGAUAUUAAAAGAGGCGUCAUUCAAAUUCAGGCUAAUGUGAGCCACACA